AAACAUCUUCAUCGCCCACAAUCGUAUAACAAACAGAAAAGGAAAGCAAAAUGAACAAGCAAACGCUAUGUUUGGUGUUUCUCUCUUUCUUUGUUGCUUCAUCUUAUGCUCAACUUAGACAAAAUUUCUAUCAGAGCACUUGCCCGAACGUUGAAUCCAUAGUAAGAUCAGCCGUCACCAAGAAAUUCCAGCAGACCUUCGUCACUGUUCCCGGCACUCUCCGCCUCUUCUUUCAUGACUGUUUUGUUAGGGGCUGUGAUGCUUCGGUUUUUCUUGCAACUCCAAACGCUGAGAAGGAUCAUCCCGAUGAUCAGUCACUCGCUGGAGAUGGAUUUGACACCGUCAUUAAAGCCAAGGCUGCACUUGACAGCAAUCCUAAUUGCCGGAAUAGAGUUUCAUGUGCUGAUAUAUUGGCUCUUGCAACCAGAGAUGUCAUAGUCUUGGCAGGUGGGCCAUCAUACAGUGUAGAAUUGGGGAGAAGAGAUGGGAGAAUCUCCACCAAGGCAAGUGUUCAACACAAACUUCCACAAGCAUCAUUCAAGUUGGAUCAACUUAACACCAUGUUCGCUGCUCAUGGUCUAUCUCAAACCGAUAUGAUUGCACUUUCAGGUGCACAUACACUUGGGUUCUCUCAUUGUGGCAAAUUCUCGGGACGUAUCUAUGGGAAGAGCGGAAUAGACCCAACCCUCAACAGACAAUACGCUCUUCAGCUAAGACAAAUGUGUCCGAUUAAUGUGGAUCCUAGGAUUGCCAUUAACAUGGACCCAACCACCCCUCGGACUUUUGAUAAUGCGUAUUUCCGAAACCUUCAACAAGGAAGAGGCUUGUUUACUUCCGACCAAGUCUUGUUCACUGACAGCCGGUCAAAGCCAACAGUCAACCAAUUUGCCUCUAGCAACAGUGCUUUCAACCAGGCUUUUAUUACCGCCAUCACCAAGCUCGGACGAGUUGGGGUUUUGACUGGUAGCAAGGGGGAGAUCAGACGCGAUUGCAGCAUGCCUAACUAGAAAGACAUGAUCUUAUUUAAUUUCCAUUUAUUAUUGAUUUUAAAAUUCAAGUUGUAAAGUUUAUUUGCCAAUAAGUAGCUACAACUGUACAAUGCUUGCAGCUUUUGGAGGACGAUCAUGUUGGUUUGGUUGUGAGUAAUAAAAAUUAAUUCUCUUGUAGUA